AUGAGAUUUCUGGGAUUUGCACUGCUGUUGCUGUCGGCAGCAGUUUUGGCCAACGCAGCAGUUGGACGCCAGGAGGAUGAUGAGGAUCAGUCGGGUCACCGUUACCGCCUGUUCAAGCGCAGUCCCGAGCAAAAAGCUGAGGGUCGUACCCUCUCGCAGCUGUUGUCGUUCAAGGGCAACUGUGCUCAAAACGCACCAACGAUAACAACAAUAUCGCCAUCGCCUUCAUCGAUUACGGGAACUUCGGACAUCAUAAUAUCGCCCUCCGUUCCAAACGACGACGUGGCCAACUUUAACGGCGUUAGCAUGUUCCGCCGCGGCAAUGGUCGCCCGGGCCAGGCCCUCACUGUCCAGGAGUACGAGAUCCGUCGCCAGGCCGAGGAGAACAAGCAGCUGCGCGAACGCAUCGAGAUCCUUCGUCGCCAGAAUAUCCAGAACCGUCGUCGUGCCCAGCAAAUCCGCAGGCAGCAGCUAAUGCGCAGCAGGAACCAGCGUCGCCGUUCCAAUCUCAGAAACCGCAAUGCUCGCCGUCGCAUCAGGAAUCGCAACCGCAACGCCAGACGUCGCCUGAGGAGGAACCGUCGUCGCAACUAG